AUGCGCUUCCUAACCCUUCUCGGUGCCUUGAUAGGUGCACUUUCCUCCAUAAUGUACCUCCUGGACUCACAUCUAGAUAAGUUCUACAUCUUCACGCCCUCCGAGCUUCAGUCUUUGGCUCAAGCUGCCGUCGAAGCUCAUGGCAACGACACUACCUCCGUCGUCCAAUACAUCGUCUCCAACCUCUCCGCCAAGUACCUGCAUCACGUGAACUUGGAGGAAGAAUGGAUUUUUAACAACGCGGGCGGUGCUAUGGGUGCUAUGUACAUCAUCCACGCUUCCGUGACCGAAUAUUUAAUCAUUUUCGGCACCGCGAUCGGGACUGAGGGCCAUACGGGAAGGCACACGGCGGACGACUAUUUCCAUAUCCUGCGCGGCGAGCAACUGGCGUAUGCACCGGGAAAGGGCGUCUACGAGCCGGAGAGGUAUCCGCAGGGCACUGUGCAUCAUCUAAAGAGGGGUGAUGUUAAGCAGUAUAAGAUGGAGAGCGGGUGUUUUGCAUUAGAGUACGCGAGGGGUUGGAUUCCGCCUAUGCUGAUCUUUGGAUACGCUGAUACGUUUUCGAGUACAUUGGAUUUCCCCACGCUUUGGAGGACGACUUGGGUCACUGGUCGCGAGAUGCUGGAAAACUUAGCGAUGGGCAAGCUUUGA